GGGAGGAUUUUUGCUUAGUCGCUGAUCAAGGUGGGAAUCUUUGUGAUUUGUGGAGUGAAUUUUUAGUGAGAAGAUGAGGGUUUAUCUACUCAUCCUGGCCAUCUUCUUGGUCAUCUCUGCUGUUUGUGCUUACCGCCACCAUCGAGGAUAUGCAGGAUAUGCAGGACACGGUGGAGGCUAUGGUGGGGGCUACGGAGGUGGAUACGGUGGGGGUUAUGGAGGGGGCUAUGGAGGAGGAUAUGGUGGCUAUGGUGGAGGCUACGGUGGACAUGGUUCGAGGAGGAGAGGUGGAUACUAUGACGGACGCAGAGGAGGAUAUGGAGGAGGAGGAUUUGGAGGACCAGGAGGUGGAUUCGGACCCGGUGGCUUUGGUUCAGGAUCACAAUCAUCGUCAAUCUCCUUCAGCUCUAGCAACAGUUUUGGUGGACUCGGUGGAGCAGGAGCUCAAUCAAGCGCAGCAUCACAGUCCAGCGCUUUUGGUUAAAUUUUUCAUUCUCUCAACUAGGUGUGUCUGAUUCUUAUAAAACUCUCUUGGAUUUAAUAAAUGGUUGUCUUCAAA